AAACAAGACUUAUGUUUUCAAUUGGGAUUAAAAUUCCCAAUCCCACCCUCAAUUCCUACUUGCCAAACACCCCCAUAGUGUAGUGUCAUGUCGGGCCUUCGGCCUUCCUUCCCCAUUCCCAAGGAAUAAUGCCAAGUACUGCUUCCCUGUCUGGUUGAUUUAAUCAACUACGAAGUACUUCUAUAAGGUUAAAAUCCAGUAACACUUUUGAAGCACAACAUGGCAAAUUCUUCAUCAUCACCAACAUCAACCUCGACAACAGCAGUCGAUAAAAUGCCAGAUAUGGCGGCUCCUCCUUCAACUCCGUCGUCAUCUGACGGUUGGAUGGAGCGGAUCUUCUAUCCCACCCUUCUCGGAGGGAUUGUUGGUGGAGCAGUUGGGGCGAUGUCAAAGUAUAGCAAAGUUCAUGGCGUUGCAAAUGUUUCAGCUACUUAUGCUACUAAUCUUGCCAUUGUUGCCGGCUGUUAUUGUGGAGCUCGUGAGUUUACGAGAGUAACUCGAAAAUCUGAACCUGGUGAUCUUAUCGACUCUGCUAUUGGAGGAUUUUGUAGUGGAGCACUUCUUGGCCGCCUCCAAGGUGGCCAACGUGGGGCUGUUCGUUACUCUAUCAUGUUUGCUAUUGCUGGAACGGCAGUUGACUACACUACACUUAAACUGCAACCACUGGUGAAGAGUUACUAUGAUUCAUUGCUUGGUAGCGACUUGAAAUUGCCUGAGUGGUCUCCCAUCCGGAUACUUGAUGAAGAAGAACUGGCUGCUAAACGAGCUCGUGAAGAACAACUACAUGCUCAAAGUGCCAUAACUAUGAAGGGCAAAGAAUCUUAAAUUAAGUUUUUUACUUCUAAUUUUUGAUAGUCAUAUUAUAAAUUUCCAAUUUGAAGGGCAUUAAUGAAGUCUUACGACUUCAUUUCAGCCAAAAAAGGAAGUACAGACUGUAAAAUUGAGUUCUUUUUUGUUAGUGGUCUCCUGCAAUUUUCCGCCUGUAAUAUAUCUGGGUUAAAGAUGUGAUGGGUUGCAUGUUCGAUUGAAUAACGCCAGAACCUGGAAUCAGGAGAUCUAGAGUCACUGAUAUGCGCCUUUUUGCUCAUUGUAUGAAUGGUCUUGCACUAAAUUUGUAGCUUCAGCUUGUAUCAGCUCGGAAUUGACUUGUUAAAUUGGGUUUAGCCAACCCAUAUACCUCAGCAAAAGCUUGGAGUGUCCUCCUUUUUGAGUUUUUUUUUUUUUUUUUUUUUUUUUUUGAGGCAAGUUUAUUAGUUACACAAGUAUAUAUAAAUGUAAACAAUACCCUGAGUCCCUGAAGGCCUGAAUUCCCCUUAAAUGAUUUUUUGGUUGAGCUGCUUUUGAUUUCCCUC